AUGAUAUAUGGUGCUCUAGUCAUAGUUGAGUUAAUUGCUUCGACUUGGCGUGGAGCGGUGUCGCUCGCCGUGGGGGAAGUUUGUUCGGAGUUGGUUGAUCGGUGGAGCACCACCGCAAGGAAAGUCUUCUAUUCCACAACCACAACCACCACUUCACCCCUCCAACAACUAAGCCGUCCACAACCCGCCAUCAUGACCUUGACAAAGAUCAACUUCAUCACAGGCAACAAGAACAAGCUCAUCGAGGUGCGCGCCAUUCUCGGCAGCGUCAUCGAGGUUGACAACCAGGCCGUGGAUGUCCCCGAAAUCCAGGGCACCAUUGAAGAGAUCGCCAAGGAGAAGGCACGCCGUGCUGCGGAAGCGGUAAGCUAA